AUGGCUGUCAGUGGUAUUGACCGGUCAAUAAAAAUUAUUGAACCUGAUCCUAAUGUAUAUCAGGAAGAUGAUGAUGAUGGUACUAGUUACGAUGAAACAUCAACUUUUCGAAAAAUAGUGAAACAGCAUGAAGAGGAAGCAAGUGAAUUGUGUCAAACCAAUGAAAUGAGAACAAAACAAAUUUUAGUUUCUGGGAAUAAUCAUUUGGAUAGUAUUGCUCGAAUACGCACCGGUAGAGUUGCAAGGAUGAUCUUACAGCGCAUUGUCCAGGGUACAAGUGAUUCUGCCUUCAUGAGCCAUACAGAUACGGAAACAAAUUCAUCGGACUAGGUCCUUUGUAAAUUUGACUUUCGAACUUUC